AUGGCUUCAACUGCGACUACCGCACCGUUGCCUGUUGACGAGGGCGAAGGGGUAGAAGAAAUACUAUCGAGCUCGCUGCAGACUCUUUACGAGUAUACACCCAUAACGCACUCGUCCGCAAACCAUCUAUUCGAAUAUACGCUCAGACUUCCGCGCCCCUCUACAUCCGCAGAAGACCAAUAUAUCAUCGAUAUCACCCUUCAAACCCCAGAUACAGAGGUCGCAAACUGGUCGUUGCAUGCGUCGUCCGUAUGGGUUGCUUCCAUCUUCAUCGCGGAUCACCUCCAGGAUUUGUCCUUGGGUAAAUUCGUGGGUGCUGAAGCAUCCGGAUCCCGCCCCGUAUACGUCCUGGAGUUAGGUGCCGGAGCUGGUCUGCCUGGAAUUGCCCUGUCCAAAGUUCACAGUACAGCACGGGUUACGCUGAGCGAUUUCCCGGACGGCAAGCUGAUCAAAGCCCUGGCGUCUAAUGUGGAGCGCAACGGAGUUACUGGACGCUGCCGAGCUCUACCGCACGCAUGGGGUUCAUCUGACGCUUCUGCCCUCUUUGCACCGUUCGAUGACACGGAGAAUGGCAGCGAUUCACUCCCUGGAUACGAUAUAGUGCUGGCCGCUGAUACGCUAUGGAAUUCCGAUCUCCACGUGGCGUUCAUCCAUACACUCCGGAGGACCCUGCGCAAAACAUCCGAUAGUAGGGUGUACCUCGUUGCUGGACUACACACGGGACGCUAUACUCUCGACAGGUUCCUGAAAAUGGUGCGGGAAGUUGGUUUCAUCGUUGAAGAGGCUAUGGAGAGGGAGGUGAGGGGGGUCAUAAACCGGCCAUGGGAUGUGACGAGGGCAGAAACGGAGGACGAGCGGGAGAGACGGCGAUGGGUGCUAUGGAUCGUGCUCAAAUGGGACCCCACGUACUGCGCGGAUCGUUGGCUUGCGUGGACAGAUCGGGAAACGGUGAACGAGUCGUGAACAUGUUAUUGUGGGGCUCUACACCGCGAGCUUUAUCGACGCUAGACUCUUGGUACUGAUCAAACGUGUUUGCAA